AUGUCAAACACAGUCAUGGACAAUUUUGUAUCGCCAAUUUACUUCACUUGCAUGUCUUUGGACUGAAUGCCCCAGCUGGUGUUGGGCGGUCAGUGGGACUGCCUUACUGCGGGAGAUUCGUGCUCCAGUGAUGAGGCGUGCAGUCCCCGUCUUCGCACCCUGCGUCAGUGUGUGGCAGGUGGGGGCAGCGUGAAGUUGGGGCCUGGGGCACGCAACCACUGCGAGAAUGCUGUGAAUGCUUUACUGGCCAGCCCCCUCCAUCGCUGCCAGUGUAAACGUGGCAUGAAGAAGGAGAAGAACUGUCUGAGCAUCUACUGGAGCCUCAAGCAGUCCGUACUACACGGCCUGAACCUUGUAGAGAGUUACCCAUAUGAGCCUGUGGAGCGAGAAUCUGAUUAUGUCCGCCUGGCUUCCAUUGCUGCAGAAUCUGAAGCAGGAAUGGUGACAGUAAAUCGUUGUCUGGAUGCUGCCAAAGCCUGCAACGUGGACGACACAUGCCAGAAGCUGAGGACUGAGUAUGUGUCUGCAUGCAUCGCCCCAUCAGCGAGAGCAGGGCCCUGUAACCGCAUACGCUGCAGCAAAGCGCUGAGAAAGUUCUUCGACCGCGUGCCACCCGACUAUACACAUGAGCUCCUGUUCUGCCCGUGUUCAGACACAGCGUGUGCUGAGCGCCGCCGCCAGACCAUCGUCCCCACAUGCUCGUAUGAGGAAAGAGAAAAACCCAACUGCCUGGUACAGCUGAGCAGCUGCGAGGAAGACCUCGUGUGCAAGUCUCGUUGGGCCCAGUUCAAGCAUGACUGCCAGCCUUCAGAGCUCACUCCCAGUGGCUGCCAGCAAGAGAAUUACGGCGCCUGCCUUAUCGCAUACACUGGCCUGAUAGGGACCACUAUCACUCCAAACUACUUGGAUAACUCUACUUCUAAUGUGGGCCCAUGGUGCUCGUGUGUAGCCAGUGGGAAUCAUAUGGAGCAGUGCUAUGAUUUUAUUGGCCAUUUCCAUGACAACAUCUGCCUCAAGAAUGCCAUCCUCGCCUUCGGCAACGAUACUGACACAAAGUUAGCCGCCAAUCAGCCAGGAGCACCUAGCUUGAGUACCAGCACUCCGAAUCAGCGUCAAAUUACCAGCAUCAUGACCACUACAACAAUCACCAUUGGUGUGGAGCCUGAGCAGAACAUUCUGCAUCCUCAGAUGCCCACACAGCUGAACGAGAGAGACAGACUAUGGAGUGACUCGACCCUCCCAUCACCUGAUCUUUAUGACGGCAGCGCUGGAUGCACUAGCCUGGCAGUGCCAACCUUUCUCCUCCCCCUCCUGACACUGGCUCAUCACUUCUAA